CAGCCAGAGAGCCACGCCAGUUCUGUUAGCACAACAUUCGCUUACUUAGCCAUUAGCCUGCCAUUGCUGUUUAUGUUAAAAUGUGGCAGCUACAGCGAGCGAGCGUUACAAUGUAACGCUGUCCGACCACUUCUACAACUGGAGGGUCACAUCUUUAGCCCAGCAUGUGCUCCGUCGUUGGUUGUGAUUCGUGGCGACACAAUGUGCAGCGGUUCAGGCUACCAGAGGACCCGGAGAGGAGACUGGAGUGGGUCCUGUUUCUGUUCGAAGUCAACAAGCAGCGACUUAAAGAAUCGUCCUGGACUGAUAUCACUAUUUGCAGUGAACACUUCACAGAUGACUGCUUCGUGAGCUUGGCUCUGAGUGGCUCGGUGCAGCUGAAGCCCGGUGCUGUCCCCUCACUGUGGGUCAACACAGAGCCAGAGGAACCCGUGGAGAGCCCACAGGAUGAGGAACCUGUUACAACCACAGAUGCAGAUAGUCAAUGUGAUGACCUAGAAUUAUGUAAGAGCUCUACUUGUUCCCCUGAAAUAACAGAAUGCCCCUUGACAGAUGCUCUCACUCCUGAAACUCCAGACACAGAUUCGAACCAGGAAUUGCCUGCACUUCAGAACGACAAAUACAUGUCAGCGCUAAGAGACGACAGCGCCGGUGCUGCGACUUUGUCUGAGGCCGUCACUUUUAGCGAUGAAAAAAGCGAUCCUUCAGACGACGAAGAAGAAGGCAAUAGAGGUGGGAUGAGUUCAGAUGGGGACUGGAAUCCCACGGAGGAACUUUUGGUGGCUGACGAGCUCACAAAGGAGUCUGAGGAGGAAACUGAGGAUGAAGGCGAAGAGGAAGAUUUUGAAUCCCCGGGUGGCCUCGAAAUUAAUGAGCUGUGCACAGAGUGCGGACGUUUUUUCCUCAUCCUGAAGCCUCACACAUGCGAGCACAAAAUAAAACCCUACUCCUGCAAUAUCUGCGGGAAAAGGUGCGUUUCUGAGAUUGCUCUAAGAAAUCAUAGCAAAAUCCACGAUGAAACGUACGAGCAUCCUUGCAAGUAUUGCUAUGUCACCUUCAAAACCAGGGCGGACAAAUUUAGACACGAGCUGACCCACCAGGAUAAAAAAGAUCCCUUUAAAUGUCCCGACUGUCCAAAGACAUUCGCCACCAGUAAAGAACGCCGGAGCCACCUGGCAAAGCACAGAGUCUCGAGGGAGUUCAAAUGUGGAGUCUGUGGGAUUGAAUUCAAGGACAUACAUCAUCUCAGGAGGCACUCUGUUGUGCACACAGGGCUGAAACCGUACAAGUGUUCGGUGUGCCAGCGUGGCUUCAACCAGACGAGCCACCUGAAGUCCCACAUGCGCCUGCACACCGGGGAGCGGCCGUACAAGUGUCAGCUCUGUGACAAGUGCUUCAACCACAACGUGAGCUUGAAAAGUCACGUCCAGCGUUGCCACACGUCCAGCUCUGGACUUCAGCAGAUGGAUAAAAGGGCAAAUGAUGCUAAGGGGAACAAGAACAAGAGAGACGUGAACUCUGAGUAUGACAGUGUGAAAGUAAAACAGAAGGUUCAGAAGGAGAGAUCAAUGAAGCCGAAAAGUAAAAGGAGAAGCACGGGCAGGCCCAGAGGAAGGCCGAGGAGAAGAGCAGCAGGGGAAAUUAAAGGCCAGCGUUCAAAGGCAAAAACGCCAAAAUCAAAGGUGCAGAAGUUAAAGAAAACAGGCUCCGGUGAUGAGGAGAGCGAGGACAAGCAGUCAGGUAGUGAUUUAUCCUUUGACUCGACAGAAGAGGAGGAAGAAGAAGAAGAGGAGGAGGAGGAGACAUUGGGAAGGAGACCAAACGGUGACAGUGACUCUGAUUUUGACCCAGAAGUAGAAGCAAAGAAGAAGAGGUGCAGCAGCCAGAAGACUGUUAAGAAACGGAGAGAAAGAUCAAAGAAGGGCCUAGUGGUCUGAAGUCUGUGUUUUUGUUUUUUUGUUUGUUUGUUUUUUUAAUGCUGUAAAAACAGAAGGAUCACACUACACAGCCACUAUUGAUAUAAUUCAGUACAUGCAUUAAAUCGUUGCAUUAUAGGAAGUUCCACACUGUUGUUUGAUUUUCCGAAGCCUUUUUAUCUUGUUAACAGAUGUGGAGGUGAAUUGCAAACAGAUGGAAGCUGAUCGAACGUUAUGGUACUGCUUGCCUGAAGAAGAGCAAGUCAGUAUUUGUUUAGAAUCAAAAUGAAGCUAAUGUAAGAAUGAACUUCCAUUGUUUUUAUUUUUAUCACUACAUACAGUCAGUUUCCAGUCUCAUAUUAGCUCUGCCACAACAUGUGGUUUUUAUUUUAUUAGAAAACCUUAUUUUAUUUCAUCUUUAAAUAUGAUAUAAGUUUACAUUUUGAAAAUGUAACAGAAAAUGCAGAAAACUCAAAAGCUUAAUCUGAGAGUCUACAGGAUGUUAAAUGUUAAAGUUCAUGACAGUACGAUUAGAAAAAAGACUGAAAAAGUAUGGGUUGUUUGGAAGGGAUGCAAGCAGAAAGCAUCUGAAUAAACAGCACGACUUCUGAAGCAAACAAGACCAAAGUGGAGAUGUUUGUCCAUAAUGCACAGCAUCAUGUUUGGUGAACCCCAAACACAGCACAUCAGCUCAAACACCCCAUACAAACUGUCAGUCACAGUAGUGGAGGCUGAUGAUUUGGGUUUGUUUUAGAGCUGGGCAGAUCAAUCUAAAUAUCGAUAGUAUUGACAUCAACAUUGGUACUGGAUCGAGACUAGCAUGAUGGUAUUGGUACUUUGUUUCUAUCCCCUAAGUUCAUUGCGUUGUGAAAAAUGUCUGAACCUUUAUGUGAUAAUUGAGAUUUAAACAACAGAAGUUGACCCAAGUUUCAUCAUUCAUGAAAAGCUGAAUGGUUUGUUUGCUGUAUUAACUAAUUAUCAUGGAAAGUAGAAAUCACAGUGAUUCAGUGUUCAUUAAAAUGUGUUCAGAAUUUGCAAAUUGAUGAUAAUUCAUCUCAAAAAUCAUGACACUCCUCUACACAAGCUGCCUUUUAUAAGUUCGGUAUCAGUAUCGGUAUCUGCAGUACUGGCCCUGUAGUUACCUCGUAUCAGAUCAUAGCAAAAUCUGCAGUAUUGCACAGCACUAGUUUGUUUUGCAACCACAGAAGCUGGACACCUUGCAGUCAUUGACGACUAUUAACUUCUCUGCAUACCAGAUAUUCUAGAGUCAAAUGUGAGGCCAUCUGUCCAGCAGAUAAAGGUCAAUGAUACUGGGUCAUGAAACAGGACAACUAUCCCAAACACAGCAACAAAUCUACAGCAAUAUGGCUGUACCCAAAAAAUUUUUUUAAAAAAUGAAUUGCGGUGUUGCAAUGGCCCAGUCAAAGUCCAGAUCUCAACCUGAUUAAAGUGCUGACCUUAGAGAGCUGUGCAUAAAUGAAGGCAAGAAGAAGAGAAGCAGCACUUAAGGAAGAAUGUGCCAAAAUUCCUCCACAAUAAUGUGUUUGUGAUCGAUAAACUCAUACAGACAACAGUUACUUCAAAUUGUUGCUGAUAAAGGCGGUUCUACAAGCUACUGAAUCAUGAAGUAGACUUAGUUUGUCACAGCAAUGAAAACGUCUGUAUGUAAACUCUGAUGAAGUGAUAAAGAAUAUUUUAAAAGAAAUACCAGUGGCUUUUUAUUUUUAAGUUUAUUAGCUACAAAUGAUGAUGAUUUAUUCAUUAUGAUAAACUUUUUUGAUUUGACCAUUAUGCCUAGGAAAACUAGGACUAUGGGUUUGUAAAAGUAAGUAAAAGUCUUUGCUUGUUUGUUGAAGCACCACUGAGAAACUAAAUAUACUAAAUAUAAAUCUAAAAAUAUAGGUGUCCAGCUACAGUUUUGAAAGUCUGCA